AACACCUAUCUCAAGCAGUAAUUUAUUUGAAAAGAGUUUUUGGUUUUAAGAGGUGCAAAUUAAUUAAUUCAAGCUAAAUUGUGGUAACUUCUUAGUUUUAUAUUCGUAUCAAAGUGGUUUGACAAUAAACUCUGAAAUGAUUUCUUUAGAAGAUUUUGAAAGCGACAUACCUCAACGGUUGUUGAACUCAAGUGGUGAAGAUCAGCUGAUACUGGUUAAACGAAUAGUUAUAAAACGUGGCGAAUGGGUUUUGGUUGGGUUGACAUCGGAUUAUCAACUAUUGGAAAUGAAAGAUAGAUCAAUAUUGACUCGUUUAAAUCUAUCCGGUGAACUCAUCUUGAAUAGCAAAGCCAAGAUCGAGAAAAGUAUUUUUGCAACUUUAUCUCCGACCAAUCCAGAUGAACUGUCUGGUACAAGCGCUCCGGAUAAAAGUGUGAUAUUAUCGGUUUUUCGAUCGAAUAACGGUUUGAAUCGAAAGUUCUUUUAUCUACUUCGCAUUGAUCACCGUCUGUUGAUAGUUGAACGGCGUGACCAACCUUCGGUUCAAUUAUCUCACUAUAAAAGUUAUAGUAACUAUAUCAAACACAUUAUAGACGAAAGUGACGAUAGACCCGGAUAUCCGGUAGUUAAAAUCUAUCUCACAUCGGAAGUGGAUCCCAUUGUAACAGAUUUCCAGUGUUAUCACGUAAAUUCAACGGUAGCCGGUGGCUCAAGUUUGAAUAAUUUUACGUGUUUCAACGAUGUUCUGAGAACGUUGAAAGAUCAAACCAACACAGCUCGUUGUGAGUUAAACAAACUUCGACUGAUCAAAGGGGAACAGUAUGCCAAACUUAACGAGCGCCUGAAGCAGGUUCCUAGUUUGUUGAGGACGGAGAACCCGGACGAGAAAAGGCCUCUGGUUCAGUACGGAGAUCUCUGGAUGAGAAUCAACAACGAACAGCUGAUCAUUGGAGCACCGGUGUUCAAUUGCACCUACAAAAGGAGAUUAACACUCACCAAUUUGAAGUUCCUGGUUAGCUGUCCCACUGCUGAUCGGUUGGACUAUUCGUACAAGUUCUAUCGCCUGAAGGAUGACGAUUACAACUUCCGAAAUCUCGAUCAAAUAUUGGAAGCCGAAGAUUCGGUUCCCGAGGUGCCACUUUUCAACCAGGAAUGGACAACUUCGAACAUUAACGCGCUACACUCAGAAGAAACAGCGAUAUUUGUUGCCAGCUUUGCUCUGGACACGCUUGAUUUACUCCAAUCGGUUUUCGAGUUCCAGUGCUUUGUAAUGUAUCAGGUUGGUGAUUCGGAAGUUCGCCAGAACAAAUCGGAUGGAAUUCAACCUCUACAACUCUACCUUGGUACAAAAGAGUUCAAAAGGUCCGAUCUGUACGAUCAAAAGCUACUUCCCACAUUCCAAAACACACGAGAACUGCACCAGGAUCUACUCACAUUAACCGUUACUUCAGAGUUUCUACCCCUAGAGAUUACUUUCGACAAAAUUCCAGACCGCGGACUGGAUCACUUUUACCACGAAAAAUUCGGAUUCCGAUACGUGAACUUUGGCGCAGCUGGGGAGGAACAUCACCAUAUUCUGUACAACAUCGAUAAUGGAUACUGGCAGGGAACGCUGAUAAGAUUAGAUGAACCAAACGGGCUAAAGCAGAAGAUAAAACUGUAUGGUCGACAUGGUCAUCAGAUGUUGGCCUUCCUGCAGGCAAUCUAUUCGGACUUCGGGGUAAAAUGUUCGAUUGUUAUUGCCACAAAUCAGCCGUCUACGUUAUCUCAGCUGAAGGAUUGUUUAAAAGCGGAACUGGACGCUAAAAUUAACAAUCCAACGGAUUUAGAAGGAAUACUCCAACGAGAACUAGAGACUGAUAAUGCUUAUUUGAACAUUUCGGAGAAAUAA